AUGGAACAUUUGUCCAAAGGUGAACCCAGCCCGAGGUUCGAUGAGGAUCAACAACCUCCUCAGGCAGGGUUGUUCAAGGUAUUGGCGCGCUAUGUGUCCUACUUUCGCAACCCGCAACAUGUCUUGGUUUUCAAGCUUGACUGCUUGUUGUUGAUAUGGGCUUUUAUUGCUGGAAUUUUGAAAGAAAUGGACCAAAGUGCGACUGCUCAAGCUUACGUUUCUGGGAUGAAGGAAUCUUUAAAAUUAUAUGGAAAUGAAUUGAUCAACUUCAAUACAUUCUUCUCUGUUGGAUAUGCUAUCGGUUUGAUUCCAGGUCAACUUAUCCAGACCAAGGUUCGCCCUUCUAUUUUUCUUCCAUUCUGUGAGAUAUCAUGGGGAAUCCUGGUCACCUGUAUUGCCCAGGCACCAAAUGCCAAAACAAUAUACGCAUUGCGAGUCCUACUUGGAUUAUUUUCUGCGGUCUUCUGGCCUACCGCUGUAUCUAUGAUCUUCAACUGGUACACACCAGCGGAGCUAGCCAAAAGAAUCGCCUUCUUCAACGUAUCAGACGCAGCAGGUGGUAUGUUCUUAAGCGCACUUCAAGCCGCCCUUUACACCAACAUGAAUGGCGUGCAUGGUAUCGCCGGAUGGCAAUGGCUAUUCAUUGUCUCGGGUACAAUAACUAUUGGGCAAGGACUGCUCGGCCUCGUUAUCAUCCCAGACUCACCAGUUCUCACUCGCGCUAUCUGGCUUACCGAUACGGAGAAACGCAUUGCACGAAAGCGUAUGGCUGACUUUGGCGCCAAUACCUCAAACAUGAUUCCUACCAAGGUUGCAGUACAGAAGUUGCGGAAACUCAUCUUCCACCCUGUGACAUACUUCUUCUUGGCUGCUUUUGCCUUGCAAGCCUGGGCAAACCGAGCAAACUCUUAUUUCACUCUUUAUCUCAAAGCGCUGGAAGACUCGUCAGGAAACCUUCGUUUCAGUACAUACCAAGUCAACGUCAUUCCUAUGGGCGGUUAUGCUCUCCAGAUCCUAAUCAAUUUGGGUCUAAAUGCGCUAUCUGAUUGGAAGCACUGGCGCUGGCAGAUCAGUGUUGCGCCGGCCUUUUUGCUUGGCAUUGUGCUUAGUGUGUUGAGCGUCUGGCCCUCAGAUUGGGAGGUCAUUAUCACCUUUUAUUUCCUUACAUAUGCGACAAAUGCAGGAAGUCCAUCCCUUUUGGCUUGGAUGGCUGAACUCCUCAAAAAAGAACCGGAAGCGCGGUCUAUCAUUGUUGCGCUGACGGUGACAAUUGUAUACAUUGGCCAUGCCACAAUUCCGAUCCGCAUUUGGAGGACGAGUGACUCACCUCGUUAUCCGAUCGGAUUCCCUCUCGCGACUGCCUUUAUUUUCUCGUCUAUCUUUGUUCAAUUUGGUAUGCUUUGGUGGGGACGACGAAACACCCAACUGGCUAAAUACGGAUACGACGCGCCGUCCAAUGUUUCAGCCAGGUUGGAUGAAGAGAGCUCUGAGAUCACAGAGAAAUAA